CACCGUUUGUCCGGAAUCAAUUGGGUUUCCUAACUUGAUUUAGUGAGCUCGGUGGUGUGCCCUAUCUCUCAAAUUGAAUUUUCCCCGGCAUUAGACCGACGGAUGGUUCAAACCAUGUCUCUUGAUUGGCCGCUGGAUUCCUGACGUCAUAGGUCCGCCCCCUUGGUUCCGCUGCUCUCAUCCACAAUACCCACUUUCUAACCCUAGGAAUAAUAUACAGUUACAGCUGCUUAUUCAAUACUGGUACAGCCUCUUCGUCUGAUUGAGUAGGUUGGAGAAAAGUAUUUAAUCAUAAAAUUGUUGGUUUACAAUUGAAUAUGAAUUUAGAAGUAACCUUUAUCUGUGGUUUAAAUGUGGAGCAAGUUACCGUAUGAUGAAACCCUUGAAAUCACAAUCUGGAAAGAGUUAAAGCGAAAACUUUUUCUACAGAUCAAAAAAGUGCCUUGGCACAAAUAAAAACAUUUUUUUCUGAAAACUUACAUUCUCUGUCGGCUCACCGUCCUACUCCUGUAGUUCUGUGAUGAUCAUGAGCUACAGUAUGAAUCCUGUUAAUCUAUCUAAAGUAGAGAUUAAGACUGAGGAUGUGACGAACCACACUGCGAUAAAGAAGCACACGAUUGACGCCAUCCUUGGUUUACCUCGAUUAGGCAGUUGCUUGCAGGCAGACGAUGCAGAUAUGGACGGAGAGAGUAGGGAGGGAUACGAUAGAUCUGAGGGUGAAGGGGAGGGGGAGGGUGGAAUCAGUCCUGAAGGAGACGAUGAGAACAAGAAGAAGCACAGGAGGAAUAGGACAACCUUCACCACCUACCAGCUCCACGAGCUCGAGAGGGCGUUCGAGAAGUCUCACUACCCUGAUGUAUACAGUAGAGAGGAACUGGCUAUGAAGGUUAAUCUUCCAGAAGUCAGAGUCCAGGUAUGGUUCCAGAACCGACGAGCAAAAUGGAGAAGACAGGAGAAGAUGGAAGCUGCAAGGUUAGGGUUACAUGAUUACCAACUUGGGGGUCUCAGACCAGGACUAGGACUAGAACCCUGGCUCGGCCCUCCCCUUUCCACCCUUAGCCACGCCCUCCCUGGUUUCCUCUCACACCCCCAGGCAGCCUACGCCUCCUAUCUGACCACACCGGUAUCAGCAUCAAUCGGUCUCUCUUCUCUAUCAUCACAUAUGGCCUCAACUGCUCCCGCCCCUGUUUCCCCAGCAACAUCAGAUGGUCGUCUUUCUCCAGGAAUGGAGACUCCAACUUCUAUCAGUCUACCCUUUCCUCUCUCAGAGCAUAGAAUUUCAAGCAUUAACGCUCUUAGAUUGAGAGCAAAGGAACAGAUGGAACUUUUUAGAGAAAAUGGGUUCGCCCGUUAGAACAUUUUUUGCUCGCCCUGCUUUAUAUUUCCCCCAACAGUCAAUACUAGUUUUAAAAGAGGGAAAUAAACGUUACAGACAUUCUAAACAUGUUGGAAUCAUUUUAUUGGUUUAUAUUUGGGUUUUGGACUUAUAAAAUGCAUCAAAAGUAGUUCGAACCCGACACAGUUCAGCUAAACUCAGAAAAAAGAGAUUCCACUGUUACCCUUAAAGCAUCAUAACCAGUGAAAAAGUGUGAACAUGGUAAUACACAAUAAACAUUAAAUAAAUUAGUCUGUGGCGGCUUAAACUUAAACAAUAAACUGCAGUUACUACAGAAAUACCACACGACGAUGCACGCUGAAAGUUUGGUGAUAUAUAUUAGUAGAAUAAAACAAGAAAACAUUUAAUGUAAGAGCUGAUUAAUCUUGUUUUAUUUAAGUAAUUCUUUUAAUUUUGAACGUUGUCUACCUUCGACCCAGUUUGCACGCUUAUAACACUUUAUGAAUUAAAUAAAAUGAAUUACU